AUGGCGACAAAAUUCUACAACGCCGCGGACACCACCCUGGGAACGCUCGUAAAUAAACAUUACAGUGGGGUCAACGGGACAAAUGGCCCAAAACCUCUCGAUAUUGCGAUUGUCGGCGCUGGAAUUGGUGGCCUAGCGGCUGCUAUUGGAUUGAGGAAGGCUGGGCACAAUGUUUCUCUAUACGAGCAAUCUCAAUUCGCAUCUGAACUUGGUGCUGCCAUUCAUCUCGCUCCAAAUUCUAACGGUAUCCUCCGACGUUACGGUAUCAUGGCCGAAGACUUUGGUGCGGUAACAAUGUCUCGUUUGGCUGAAUACGACGAAAGGGGUGUUGAGAAAAGAAGAGUAGACCUGACAGAAGAGAAUAAGAUGUGGCAGCAUCCGUGGAUGUUGGUGCAUCGCGUUAGACUUCAUGACAAGUUGAAGCAGACCGCGACUGGGGUGGAGGGAGAGGGAAGGCCAGCAAAGCUGUAUUUGUCAAGCAAGGUGGUGGCGGUUGAUACAGAAAAUGCGACAAUCGAAUUGGAGAAAGGAGAAAAAAUCCAAGCCGAUUUGGUACUUGGGGCCGAUGGUAUUUACUCCAAGACGAGAGAAUCCAUUACUGGGUAUCCCAGCAAACUCUUUGGGUCUGGAAAGGCUGCGUUUCGAUUCCUCAUUCCUCGGAAAGAUGCAACAACAGAUCCCGAGGUCGCAAAAUUGCUCGAAAAUGAUAAUGAACUAAUCAUUUGGUACGGAGCUGACAGACGCGUUGUGGUUUAUCCUUGCGAAAACAACGAACAACUGAAUUUCGUGUGCAUUCAUCCGGAAGGAGAAUCUCAAGGUGGCACUACCGAAUGGAAUAAGCAAGCCUCAAUGGAAAGUCUUCUAAAAGUAUAUCAGGACUUUGAUCCAAAGUUGCUAUCUCUAUUCCAAAAGGCAGACCCAGAUAGUUUGAAGGCCUGGAAGCUCUUGGAUAUGGAGGUGUUAUCAACAUGGUCGAAGGGGAAGCUAGCAGUAUUGGGAGAUGCUGCACAUCCCUUCUUGCCACAUCAAGGGCAAGGUGGAGGAGUUGCGUUGGAAGACGCGGCCACUUUGUCGGUGGUUCUCCCUUUUGGUACAAAACCCGAAGAGAUACCUGAGCGGUUGAAGCUCUAUGAAAAAAUUCGCUAUGAACGAGCCAACAACAUCCAAGAAUACUCCCGACAGGCGGGUAAAGAUUGCAUGAAUGGGAAGCCGGCUAUUGAUAUGAUGAAAUACACUGCAUAUAACUUUGGACAUGACGAGUUUGACAACUCAACAAAUAUCUUCCUGAAAUGGCGACGAGCCAAAUGCCCCGAACUCUACUUUCGCAUGCCGAUAGCAUUUGGCCCCUCCCCUGGACCAAGACAAGACAUCUGGGGCAACGCUAGACCCAGCCUAGAGCAAACUUUCCUCACGGCGUCCGUGAAAUUCAAAACCUCUGCUACAUUCCUCAAGAACCUCUUCCCAACUGAAUCCUUCACGUUCAAGUCUCCUGGGUCGGUGGCUUAUGCUAGUUUCUCGACCACUACACUAGGCAACAUGACAUGGCUAGGUGGCGGCGGGUAUAACCAUUUUGGAUUAUACAUCCACGGAGUCCAAUACACGAAGAAGGAUGGAACGACGAUUGACGGGACAUACAUGCCUCUGCUAUUUGAAAGCUUGGCAGACCCCAUCGUAUCUGGCAGAGACGAGCUCGGAAUGCCUAAGGUAUAUUGUGCAAUUGAUAUUCACCGUCGCUCCAAAUCAUAUCGUAUGCAAGCCUCAUGGCAAGGGGCCAAAUUUUGCGACUUCAACCUUGAAGGUCUCUCACCUGUUGAUCCAGCCACGGAAAAGGGGACGAUAGGUGGGGAGGCCGAUUACGGAAUCCUGGUAUACAGAUACAUUCCUGCAGUGGGCAGAGAUAUGAGAGGGAAAUCAGACUGUGAAUACCCAGUUGUAGUACCUCACGAAGAUGAAUCGAAAGUAGUGCCAUCGACAGUGAAAAGUGUUGCGAAACCAACAAAGGCUAGCGUAAGUUUUGACAAGUUGGAUUUGGAUGCCCUACCAACACUGCAUCAUAUUGUCAGUGUCCUUGCGGAUAUUCCUAUCUAUGAGGUUGUGGGCGCAAAGGUGGUGGAAGGUACUGGGGUCCCUGAUGUUAGUAGUGCAAGGAGGGUUGAGUAG